AUGACGCUGGAUUACAGCAAGUGGGACAACCUUGAGCUUAGUGACGACUCGGACAUCGAAGUACAUCCAAAUGUUGAUAAGAAGUCUUUCAUACGAGCAAAACAACACCAAAUACAUCAACAGAGAUUUCAACGCAAAAAGGAGAUUGAAACUUAUAAGUAUGAAAGAAUUAUCAAUGAUGGCUUGCUUAAACGAAUAAAUGGCUUACUCACGGCUUUAAAUUCUCUUGCGUCGGAAAAGAAAAAUGUAGACGAGUUGAUGUUCCAGGCAAUCAUGGAGUCAGUUGGUGAAUCAAGUGAUGAUAUCCCACCACCGCGACCCGAAGGAGUUAACGUUGAAGAAAAAGAAAUGCCAACCUACUCCAACAUGAUGGCAGCUUUAAUCGAUCAAGUUAGGACUAAGGUCGAUGAAGAUAAAUCCGAAAACCGAUUCGAAUCAUACGUUAAUGAAAUCACGUGUCACCAAAAGAAGAUAGAAGAUUUACAAGAACAGUUGGAAGUAAAGCUAGCUUCACUAGAGAAGGAAGAGAGUAGACUAAUUACUAGUGAAUCAUAUCAUACUGGGUUUGAAGUAUCCCAGAUAGCUAAGCCUGAUUCAAAGCCCACGACAAAGAAGAAGGCUGAUUCUUCAGCCGAGUUACUGAAUCCGAAUUCAUUAAAUUCAUUAAAAGACGAUGACGGUUCACAAUCUUCUGGAACUGAUGCAGAUGUUGAUGAGCCAUUAGCAGAUGGUGACGAAAUUGAGCCCUCUAAAUUGGGUAGAGAAUUUUCAAAAAUAGAUAUUUCUAACCCACCAGAAAGCCAUCGAUUUAUCCUAUCUCAUCCCGAAAUUCUUGCAGAAAAAGAGUCAGAUGGCUUGUUAAUUAUGGCAUUUAACCAUGCUCUUAAUAUGCAAGAACAUGAAGCUCGACAGUGUACUAACCAGGCUCUUCUCCUUCAAUAUUGUCGGGCACUAGGCCCAAACGGUGUGGACUUAUUUUUCAAACGAAUAAGAAUGCCAGGCCACCAAGCUCAAAAAGUAUUUCUGGAUGAUGUAAAAAACACUUUCCUACGCAUCAAGACAAGAGCCAAGGAAGUCAGGAAACAACGUGCUUUGGAGGCUGAAAGCGGAGGAGUAGAGACAAUCCAGUUACAUGCAAUUAAUCCAGGCUCAACACUAAAUAUGAACAUUCCCCCCAAAGAUAGUGAUGAUCCUGAAAUUAUAAAAGCAAGAAAACUGUUCGAUGCUUUCCCUCCAGGAUUUCAACGAGCACUUGAGAGCGGCAGUCUAGACGAGGUUAAUGGUAUAUUAGGUAAAAUGAGUGCUGAAGAGGCAGAAGAAAUUGUAGGUCAAUUAGGAGAGGGUGGUAUGUUAUCCCUUGAAAAUGAGAUCAUAGAUGCCACAACCGAAGAAGGACAGAGAGCUUUAAAGAAUAUAGAAGACCUGGAUCGAAGAAGGCACGAAGAACAGAAGAACAUAUCCCUGGAUGCCACGAUAGAUGAUGAACUGAGCGCCAAAUACCAUAAUGACCCUGAAUGA